CUCAGGCACUCUUGGGUCACCUAAAGAAGGGUCUUAGUUUGGGUCCUGGGACCCGUGAUUAUCUGAAGUAAACAUUACGCAUAGCUGUUUUUUGACACUGAAUAGAUGUCACCCCAAUAAUCUUUUCAUAUCCAGACAUGAAUAAAGAUGACGACUUGGAGAGGCGUGCGGUGGAAGAACUCCUCCGUGAAACAACCAGAGCCCGGGCACGAGCGGAGACCAUGGGUCCGGCUGGAUGGUUAAAGAGCCCCGUCGGGAGCACCAACAAGCGCUUCCUUCUCAACACUCUACGUUCUACAGCUCUCCAGCGACGCCCUGGUGGUCACUCGAGAGCGCGUUCACCAGUAGAUCGAGGAAGAAGCGAGGAAUCUGGGCGUGAGAGGACUGAAAGCACACGCCACCGGGAGGGCAAAGAGCGCAGUCAUAAAAGAGACUCCAUUAGAGAAUAUUCGCCUUCCCGACGCCAGUCCUCCAGUAGACACUCGCGCUCUCCCAAAGACUGCUCACGCAAACCCAGCCACUCACACAGGACGCGUUCGCGCUCUCCAGUCCACGACGACACGCCAUCAGCUGUCAAAGGGCCCUGUGACGAGAGGACUCAAACAUUAUAAUGUUGUGCUCUCCUAUUGAACAGUAUUGCUGAUGCGCAAGGAUACAUGUACCCAAAGUUUGUCGGGUCCUCAUAUAACGCACAAGUGUGUGUGUGCACACUGUUUGAGCAUGGAGGUGUAAGUUAAUAUGUCAGUGUUGCUCUGUAGCCUUAUGCCAAACAUUUAUGGAAACACUUGCUAUUUGCAGUGUCUAUCAGGUUAUAGUCUCACAUGAUCUGCAUUUGAUCGCAGAUUUGCCAAAAUUGUCUCUAGUGUCCAAACAUCGGUGUCAGCCACGGAUCACUCCAUUGAGCAAUAAGAUAACAUGUAAAUAGUUUGUUAAUACUGCACAUGAGCCAAACCCCGUGGCCUUAUAUUAAAGCUUCUUGCUUUUCUUUAAGA